CUGCCGCUGCUGACAACAAGAUGGCGGCGGCGGCGGGCCCGGCGGGUGUUGAGAGCCGGGUGUUGGGGUACACCCUGCACCGCUGGAGCAGCUUCUCCUCCACCUACCUGCCCGAGAAUAUCUUGGUGGAUAAGCCCAAUGAUCAAUCCUCAAGAUGGUCUUCAGAGAGCAAUUACCCUCCCCAGUAUUUGAUUCUGAAACUCGAAAGACCUGCCAUAGUCCAGAGCAUCACGUUUGGCAAAUAUGAGAAAACACAUGUCUGCAAUUUAAAGAAGUUUAAAGUCUUUGGUGGAAUGAAUGAGGAAAACAUGACAGAUCUCUUGUCCAGUGGCUUAAAGAAUGAUUAUAACAAAGAAACAUUCACCUUGAAGCAUAAAAUUGAUGAACAGAUGUUCCCCUGUCGAUUCAUUAAGAUAGUUCCACUCUUAUCCUGGGGACCUAGCUUCAAUUUUAGUAUCUGGUAUGUUGAACUUAAUGGCAUUGAUGAUCCAGAUGUGGUCCAGCCAUGCCUCAACUGGUACAGCAAGUACCGUGAACAGGAAGCCAUUCGCCUUUGCCUAAAGCAUUUUCGUCAGCACAACUACACGGAGGCUUUCGAGUCGCUGCAGAAGAAAACCAAGAUUGCUCUGGAGCACCCCAUGUUGACAGACCUGCACGACAAGCUGGUGCUGAAAGGAGACUUCGAUGCUUGUGAAGAGCUCAUAGAGAAAGCUGUGAAUGAUGGCUUAUUCAAUCAAUACAUCAGUCAACAGGAAUACAAACCUCGCUGGGGGCAGAUCAUACCCAAAAGCACCAAAGGUGAUGGAGAAGACAGCCGACCAGGGAUGAGAGGUGGCCAUCAGAUGGUUAUAGAUGUUCAGACAGAAACUGUCUAUUUGUUUGGUGGCUGGGAUGGAACUCAGGAUCUGGCUGACUUCUGGGCAUACAGUGUGAAGGAAAACCAGUGGACUUGUAUAUCCAGGGAUACUGAGAAAGAGAGUGGUCCCAGUGCCAGAUCCUGUCACAAGAUGUGCAUUGACAUUCAACGAAGGCAGAUCUACACACUGGGACGCUACCUGGAUUCCUCUGUGAGGAACAGCAAAUCUCUGAAGAGUGACUUCUACCGCUAUGACAUUGACACCAACACAUGGAUGCUGCUGAGUGAAGACACCGCAGCGGAUGGAGGCCCAAAGCUGGUGUUUGAUCAUCAGAUGUGUAUGGAUUCUGAAAAACACAUGAUCUAUACCUUUGGAGGCAGAAUCCUGACCUGCAAUGGCAGUGUGGAUGACAGCAGAGCCAGUGAACCACAGUUCAGUGGGUUGUUUGCUUUUGACUGCCAGUGUCAGACGUGGAAGCUUCUGAGAGAGGAUUCCUGUAAUGCUGGACCUGAGGAUAUCCAGUCCCGAAUAGGACACUGUAUGUUGUUUCAUUCUAAAAAUCGCUGCUUAUAUGUAUUUGGUGGCCAGAGAUCGAAGACUUACUUGAAUGACUUCUUCAGUUACGAUGUAGACAGCGAUCAUGUGGAUAUCAUAUCAGAUGGCACGAAGAAAGACUCAGGGAUGGUUCCAAUGACAGGUUUCACUCAAAGGGCUACCAUUGAUCCAGAACUGAAUGAAAUCCAUGUCUUGUCAGGGCUCAGUAAAGACAAGGAGAAGCGGGAAGAGAAUGUAAGGAAUUCCUUCUGGAUUUAUGACAUAGUGAGGAACAGCUGGUCUUGUGUCUAUAAGAAUGACCAAGCAGCAAAAGAGAAUCCAGGUAAAAGCCUCCAGGAAGAGGAGCCCUGCCCAAGGUUUGCCCAUCAACUGGUGUACGAUGAGUUGCACAAGGUUCAUUACUUGUUUGGAGGGAAUCCUGGCAAGUCCUGCUCUCCAAAGAUGAGAUUAGAUGACUUCUGGUCCCUGAAGCUCUGUCGACCUUCAAAAGAAUACCUGCUAAGACACUGCAAAUACCUCAUAAGGAAGCACAGGUUCGAAGAAAAAGCUCAGACUGAGCCUCUUAGUGCACUGAAGUACCUGCAGAAUGACUUAUAUGUAACUGUGGAUCACUCAGACCCUGAGGAGACAAAAGAGUUUCAGCUUCUUGCCUCAGCAUUAUUUAAGUCUGGCUCGGAUUUCACCACUCUCGGAUUCUCAGAUGUUGACCACACGUAUGCGCAGAGAACUCAGCUCUUUGACACACUAGUCAACUUCUUUCCAGACAACAUGACCCCUCCUAAAGGCAACCUGGUGGACCUCAUCACGCUGUAACAGAGCAAUCACUGGACACAUGGAAGAGGGGAAAAGCAUCCAUUUUCAGUAUUUUCAUUUUUCUACUGCAUUGAUUGACUGCUGGGAUGAAGUAAUAUAGUAACCCCUAGGUGUUGGCAAGGGGUUUUAUACGUGUAUGGUGGAUCCCUGAAGCUUUUCCCUUGGAGUAGGUUAAUAAAAUGUAACUGACGUACUUCUGACUAAAUAGAUAUAUUUUUUCUGA